GAUAAUAUCGCAUUUGUUUUACGAGAAGAUUUUUUUUUCACUCGUAAAUAUUCGAAUACGAGGUUUUCGAUGUGUUUCAUUUAUUUAAAUGUGAUUUCCCAAUGAAAAAUGAAGUUUAGCUAUUGGAUUUUUGUGUUGUUCAUUAAUUUUAUAAAAAUAUUCCUAUCGAAUUGUCAGUUGAAUCACAUUGCGAUCGGAGCGGUGUUCGAGAACAAUACGUUCUACAAUGAGGGCAUUAAAAUGCUUCAGUAUGCCGUCGAUGAAGCAAAUGAGAAAAUUCUCCAAUACAGUGGCAUGAAACUUGACGUCGAAAUUGAAACAAUUGCAUAUGGACGCGAGUAUGCGGUUUCGAAACGUGUUUGCAAUUUACUUGAACUUGGAGUUGGUGUUAUAUUCGGUCCACAGUCGGUGUCUUCAGCAUUUCAUUCUAUGAAUAUUUGUGAUUCAAAAGAAAUACCGUACAUAAACACGUAUAUGGAUGAGGAUGCUGCAUCCAAAAGAGCCGUUCUCAAUAUGUAUCCCAAUUUCGACAGUUUGAUGCAAUUGGUACUGGAUCAUGUGAACGCCUCUGGAUGGAAUAGCAUUACGAUUUUAUAUGAAUCGCCAUUGUGGCUGGGACGAGUGGCGAAAAUGCUGGAAAUUAAUAAACAACUGAAAAAUCGAAUAAAUAUUCGUAAUUUGGACUACACCACCAAUAACGAAUUUCGGCCAACAUUACAAGAUGUCCGUGAUUCCGAUGAUUCGAACCUAAUCCUGGAAUGUUCCUUUGAAUCGUUGCCAAUAAUUCUGCGACAGGCAAUGCAAGUUGGUUUAAUGACAAAAAACUACCGAUGGAUUAUAACAAAUUUAGAUACACAUUCAAUCAACUUAAAGCCGUACCAGUACAGUGGCGCAAAUAUUACCACUUUUCGUCUGUUGGACACGAGCCAUUCGAUUUUUCAACUUUCAAAAGGCGAUGAAGUGGAGAAUUUUAACGAUUUAUUCAAUGUUGAUCCGGACAGCAAACUAAAUGCUGAUAACAGUGCCGAUAAGUGCCAGUCUAAUCCGGAGAAAAAGUUUCCUACAUAUCCGGAAAAAUUCAGCGAUGUGGUGAGCCUACGAGCUGCUCUUAUUUAUGAUUCAGUGAUGACAUUUGCCACUGCAAUUCAACAAUUAGGAAGCGAUCAAGUUACCACACUGUCUGUGCAGUGUGAUGAGUCCAGCUCCGCUUGGAACAAAGGCUACACAAUCUUGAAUUAUAUGAAAAAUGUAAAAUACGAUGGAAUAACGGGUAAAAUUGAGUUUGAUAAUGCCGGUGUGCGUUCAAAUAUUACUGUGGAUGUUUUAGAAAUAAGCGAAAUUGGACUGGACAAGAUCGGUACUUGGAUGUAUGGCAUCGAAAAUCCGGCUGCUCGAUUAAAGAUAAAUCGUCAAUCAACUACACCAUCCAGAAUGCCAAUCGAUGACAACACAUUGAGAAAUAAAUCGCUAACGAUUAUCACUGCUUUGGCAAAACCGUACACAAUGCUGAAAGAGGAAGCAAAUCUAUUGACCGGAAAUGAUCGAUUCGAAGGCUUUGCAGUCGACUUAAUAUUUGAAUUGUCAUUACUCUUAGAAUUUAGUUACACAUUCAUUGUUGAAGAGGAUGGAAACUACGGCGUUUGUAAAGAUGAAGCGUCAAAUAAAUGGAGUGGAAUGAUCGGCAAAGUUAUGUCAGGUGUUGCUGAUAUCGCAAUCACCGAUUUGACCGUUACAUCGGAGAGGAUCAAAGCAAUCGAUUUUACUCCGUCUAUCAUGAACUUAGGUAUUGCUAUUUUGUAUCAGAUACCGAGGAAAGCAGCUCCGUCGACUUUCUCAUUUAUGGCUCCUUUCGGGAAUGAGGUUUGGAUUUUGCUGGCGCUACUUUACUUUUUUGUGUCGAUAUGCUUCUAUUGUUUGGGAAGAAUUUCACCAUCCCAGUGGGAGAACCCAUACCCUUGUGUUGAAGAGCCAGCAGUUUUGGAGAAUCAGUUUAGCUUUCAAAAUUCAUUAUGGUUUACAGCAGGGGCCUUAUUACAACAGGGUUCGGAAAUUGAAGUCAAAGCUGUGUCAGUGCGAUUGGUUUCAGCCGUUUGGUGGUUUUUCACGUUGAUUAUCAUCUCUUCCUAUACGGCUAACCUGGCUGCAUUCUUAGUUGCCGAGAAUCGAGUGAAAGUCAUUGAAAGCGUUGAAGAUUUCAAAGAAUGUGGUUUACCACAUCAACCGGCAUGUAAGGCAAAAUUCGGAGCUAAAAAAGGUGGAAGCACACUGAAAUUUUUCGAAGACUCAAAGUAUCCAACAUUCGUGAACAUGUAUAAAGUAAUGUCUACUCAUCCGGAAUUGUUGGUAGACGAGAAUGAUGAUGGAUUGCGUCGAGUACAAAAUGAAAACUACGCCUAUUUGAUGGAGUCAACAUCUUUGCUUUACUACACUGAACGAAUUUGCAAUGUUACAAUGGUCGGAGAUUUGAUUGAUGAUCGCAAUUAUGCGAUUGGCAUGCGUAAAAAUUAUAAAUACUAUAAUUUACUGAGUGAAGGAAUUCUGAAGCUACAAGAAAGAGGAGUGAUGGAAAGAUUGCACGUGAAAUGGUGGAAAGCCAAGCGUGGUGGUGGAGCUUGCCAGAAGCAAGGGUCAACAGAAGCCGAGAGUCUGAAUUUGGAUCAUUUGGAAGGUGUUUUCCUUGUAUUAACUUAUGGAAGUAUAUUUGCCCUUUUGUACGGUAUCGCUGACACUGUUCGUGUGAUUCGAAACAGAGCUAGGGAAGCCAAUGUAUCGUUCAGAGAGGAAAUGAAAAUAGAAAUGAGAUUCUUGUUAAAAUCACUGGUCCAUCCUAACAGACCGAAACCAGUGCGAUCUUGGAAGUUACAUUCACUACCGAAUAAUGCCAAUCAAUCAACUUCCGCUAGAACACAGUUAGUAUUUCUACCAUCGGUAAUAUGUGAACUAUGUGCUACAUUCGACAAAAACAGGAAAAUAAACUCAGCCAUACUGGAUUAUGCAGUUGAAAAAGCGAAUAAGAAUAUACUGAAUGGAAGCGAUAUUGAACUUGGUUAUGCCACGGAGAUGAUUGACUAUGGAAAUGAGUUUGGUGCAGCUGAAAGCGUUUGUCGAUUGCUCGAUAGUAAAAAUCAUGCAAUCAUUGGGCCACAAUCACCGUCAGCAUCGUCACACGUUGCGAGCAUUUGUGAUGCCAAGGAAAUUCCAUUCAUUGACACAUUCAUGGAUAUUGAGGUAAAAACAUCAACAGUCAACCUAUAUCCAAGCCAAGAUACACUGGCACAACUCUUGAUUGAUGUGGUUGACAAGUAUAAUUGGCAAGAUUUUACAAUAAUUUACGAGGCUCCAUCCUAUGUUAAGCGAAUCGCACGGCUUUUGGACGAUCGAAGUAGAAAAACUGGUAAUGUAAUCGUUCAACCGGUCGAAGUUGGUACUAAUUUCAGACCCACUUUACAAAAGCUCAAAGAUAUGGGUGAUCGAAGUACAAAUAUAUUGAUUGAAAGUUCAAUUGAACAUUUAUCUGAAAUUUUGGAGCAGGCAUUGCAAGUUGGCCUAUUUACUCCGGAUCGCAGUUUUAUCAUCAGCAAUUUAGAUGCACAAACCAUUGACUUGGAACGUUUUCAAUACACACAAGCAAACAUCACACUGUUUCGCAUAAUUGAUACCGAGUAUCCAAUUGACGAAUUCAAAAACAUCAACAAUAUGCUGGAUAUAGAGAAACAAAAAUGUGAAAACUUUCGCAUUUGUACACCCGAAGAAAUUGAAGAGCUACAACCAGUUAUCGUGCAAACAAGUACUGCACUCAUUUAUGACGGCAUUAUGAUCUUAGCACAAGCCUUAAAACAACUUGGUUUAAAACAUUUGGAAGUGAGAUAUGACCAAGGAAUCGAUUGCUUUGAUGCACAGUCAACGUGGAGCAAGGGAUACACUAUCACUAACUUCAUGAAAACUAGUAAUUAUUCGGGACUAACUAGACUAAUUGAGUUUGAUACAAAGGGCAUUCGCAGCAAUGUUGAAAUUGAUUUGAUGUCCUUGGGCAUAAACGGUCCGGUUAAAAUUGGUUCAUUCAAACCAAGUAGCAGUGAACGUUUGACCUUCUUGCCUCCAGAGACUAAAACGCCCGAUUCCGAUGAAAAUGUCCCAAUCAAUGAGAUGACAUUUAAUGUAAUCGUUUCGGAGAGUCCACCGUACAUUAUGCUAAAAGAUACUGCGACGGGUCUGUCGGGGAAUGAACGUUUCGAAGGGUUUGGAAUCGAUCUUAUCGAUGAACUCGCACGACUGUAUGGAUUUCACUACAAUUUCGUACCAUGGACUUCUGACUACGGUAGUUAUGAUAAUGCUACAAACUCAUGGACAGGAAUGAUCGGAAAAGUUCAAAAUGGGAGUGCAGAUUUGGCCAUUACUGAUUUGACCAUCAACUCGGAACGUAUCACCGCAUUAGAUUUCACGCCUUCAUUCAUGAAUUUAGGCAUUGCACUUUUAUACCGAAAGCCAGCCAAAGAGGACCCGAAAACGUUUUCAUUUAUGUCACCGUUUUCAAAUAGCGUUUGGGCUUUACUGGGUGCUUCGUACAUAAUCGUUUCAUUGUGCUUCUUCUGCUUAGGUCGUAUAUCGCCGUCACAAUGGGAAAAUCGAUACCCAUGUAUUGAAGAGCCGACGUAUUUGGAAAAUCAAUUUACCCUCAAUAAUUCAGCGUGGUUUGCUAUCGGCGCUUUACUUCAGCAAGGAUCGGAAAUUGAACCAAAGGCUGCUUCCAUACGGCUUGCGUCGUCAUUCUGGUGGUUUUUUACACUCAUCAUGGUGAGUUCAUAUACCGCUAAUUUGGCGAUGUUUCUGGUGGUUGAAAACAAAACAUCAAAAAUCAACAGUGUCGAAGAUUUAAAAGAUUGUGGAGUCGAGGGAAAGACGUGCCCCAUUAAAUUUGGCGCCAAGCAGGGCGGUGCAACAUAUCACUUUUUCAAAGACUCACAAAAUGAGCUUUACAAAAACAUGUUCAAGUAUAUGGAAGACAACAAGGAUGAUGUUCUGGUUAAGAAUAAUGAUGAUGGUAUUGCUCGUGUAUACAAUUCAGGCGAUGACUAUGCGUUUUUAAUGGAAUCUUCAUCGAUUGACUAUAUCACGGAGCGAUACUGUAAUUUAACUCAAGUUGGUGAACGACUGGAUGAUAAGAACUAUGGGAUAGGAAUGAGAAAAAAUUUCAAAUAUAGUUCACAGCUGAGUGAAGGUGUGUUGCAGCUGCAAGAACGAGGCGUACUAGCCACAUUGAGAACGAAAUGGUGGAAAGAACGGAAAGGUGGUGGUGCUUGUUCGGUUAAUGCCGUCGAUGGAGCGGCCGUUCCACUUCAAAUGGCAAACGUUGUUGGUGUAUUUUAUGUUUUGCUUGGCGGAACAAUAUUCGCACUCUGCUACGGAGCGAUAUGUUUAUUUUUGGAAAUUCAUUAUGAUGCAAAAAGACGCAAGAUAUCAUUUAAAGAAGAGUUGAUUGCCGAAAUGAAAUUCUUGAUGACGUGUCAAGGAGUCAAAGAAGUACGUCAUCGAAAAGGGUCAAAGUCUCAAUAUUCGGGCACAUCAUCGCGUUACAGCGGAGGCACGAACAGUCAAGUUCACGGAUCCAAUGCAUUGAUCAAUAUGAAUUGAAUCAAACGAUACAAUUAUUUGUUAUGUUAUCAUAGUAUAAUAUUUCCUGUAUUUAAUUGAAUAAAUGAACGUUUAGAUAAAAUAA